GAUUUGUGCACGCCAUUCAUUCGAUGGGUCAUGAUCGAUCGCCCAUUGCAUGCGUGUAAUCAUCCCCAGCCAGAAUGACGGUCUCAUGACACUUGUAUCAGUGACCAUUUCAGCCCUUCACGCAGUCCGCUAUGCACAUUUACCUCGUACGCAACAUUCACACACAUGUCACUCCCCCACUCACAUACAAAUUCCCACAUGGAUGGGUGGGGCAUUGCACUCAUUCCGUGGUCUCAUUCAGACCACACACACAUACACAUACACCGCCGGCCGGAUAAACAACAAGCCGAACGUACAGCAGCACAUCGACUGACUGAUAAAACCCGCGGCAAUGCGUUCAGCGAUCUCUCAUCUGUCAUUUCUCAUUUCUAAUGGUCUGGUAUCACUGCCUCCGUUGCCUGGUGUAUCGUGUGCCGGCCAUUGCAGCCCUUCUGCGCCCAUAUUGGCCCUUCUGCCGCGCAACCAUGCUCGACACAUGCCACACAUAAGGCUGCACACACACACACACACACACAUACAUAAGUGGAGAUGCUCCAUUGGUUCUGCAAUGCUCACUUUUGUUGGCCCCAGAGAUUUGGUACAGGUCUUGUCGCGCCCGCACGACUCGGACGAUCGCACUGCACGCCGCCUCCCCUGCACACUCACAGACAGACAGAGAGAGAGAGAGACGCUCGCGUCAUGAUAUCAUCUCUGUUGCUGAUCCCUUCUCCGCCACGCACUCACCCUUUUCUCCUUGUGGCGCGUCUCGCCCACACAGCUGUCUGUUGUCGGCGGCUGCCCGCCCUUUUGUGGCUGCUGGCACUGACUGCACCCAUUGUCACAUCCCGUGUGUGUGUCCGCUGUGCCUGUGGGGCUGGGAGGGAGGCCGAGAGGGAUCAGCUGACUCAGUCUUAGAUGGGUCGCCUGGGACACACACACGGACACACAAGCAUAGCAUAUAUAUUUAUGGUGUCUGUCUGUCUCACUCAGCGUGUCAGUCAAUGUGCGUGCCUUGCCUUGAGUAUGUCGUUCUCGUUGAAGUGCUUUUGUGAGAAUGGCGACCACAGCAGUGGGGGGUCGGUCAGGAACCACCCCACACCAAACACAAGACCCGCCACAUCCACCUGGAAGUCACGGCCACCCUACACACAGACACACACAACACAGCCAAUAUACACACACGUGUGUGUGCGUCUCUUCGCCUGUGUCUGUGUAGGUGUGUGUGUGGGUUUACUCACCUCCCAGGCGUCGAAUUCCCGGAUGGUUGGCGUGUGGGGGGCCCACUGCUGCUGCUCACACUGCUGCUGCUGGCCAUGAGCAUCUGCAGCAGCACGGUGGCCGUCACUCUCGUUGACAGACCGCUCAUCGUCCACCAGAUACCUGACACCACACACACACCACAAUCCGGUGUGCACGUGUGGAUGUAUGUAAGUGUGUGUGUAUUGCCAUCUGCUGGCAUACCUACCUUUCAACCACGUGUUCGCCCGCCCAUCCGACGCCCAGGAGGCCCACACCGAGGGAGGGGACGGAAUGAAGACCAGAGAACAGACAAGGGUGGUAGGCACUGAACGAACGAAGCCACGAACGCAAUAUACAUGUAGAUUCGGGUGGGUGUGACAGAUUCUCUUUUCGUCUGUGUGUGUACUUGUCGUCAUCAGCGAAGUAGACCACACUUGACUGAUGAAGGAAGGGAGGAACACAGACACAGCACAGACACACCAUUGACUGACGUCUGCUCCCAUCCGUCCGUCUGAUCUCUCCUCUGCCGUGCCCACGUGCUUGCUGACCUGGAUGAGCUGAUCCCGUAGGUGCGGCAUCCUCUCAGCCCGUAUGAUCUCCCGCAGCCGCCAUAUGCCCCUGUUGCGAGGCUCCGCACCACGCACACGCAGACCUAUACACACACGAGCCAUAUGCAGGUGAGGUGUCUGUCCGCCUGUCUGUCUGUCUGUGUGUCUGUCUGUCUGUGUGUGUGUCUGUCUGUGUGUCUGCAAGUGUUACCAGGGGUGCUGGCGAGUAUCAAGUGGUCGUAAGAGAACAUUUGCCUGUUCAUGCUGGUGGUGUCCAGGUGGUGCUGGAUGGUCUGCGACGGGGUCGAGGCGUCCUCAACCAAUAUCAGGUGGAUGUGCACCCCACCUGCGCCGAGAAACAAACAAACACAGAGGGAUGGAUGGAUGGAUCAGGUUGUCCAUCUGUGUGUGUGCCCAGUGCAAGGGUACCUACCUGGGUGGUUGAUGCGGACGGUAGCCAGGCUGGCAAAGAGUCGAAUGAGGUCGGGCACCUGUGUGGGCCUCUCGUGUGUCGGGCAGAUCACAAACACCACUCUCGUACCAUUGCCAAUGACCUCCGACAAGGGCAGUGCCGUCAGAUACCCAUCCGGCAGCCCGUGACCGUCAUGGGCAUCACGACCACCACCGCCCCCCUCCCCCUCCCUCUGCCCGCUCAGCGCCAUCUCCCCGACGAGUCUGUCGGUCUCCUUCUCCAUCAUGAUUGCGUGGUGCAGCGUGAGGCUGUUCUUGGUCAGCUCCAUGUUGUCCUUCAGCCGCUGCAGCUGCCCCUGCAUGGCCUUGGCCUGCCGACGUAUCUCGCACACCUGACGCCUCGACGGCCAGUGGGCGAAAGAGGGGAACAGCCAGGAGAUGGCGCCGGAUAGCAAUGACACGACCACCAGCAGCCCCGAGCAGAAGAUGAAGGCAAGCACACGGGGAGGCAGGUCGGAGAGGCAGAUGGGGGGGGCGCUGCUGUGCUGCAGCAGCUGCUCGUGGUCGCGGCUGCUGCUGCUGUCCUGGGGCUGCUCGGAGGGAUCAGCAGCAACUUCAUCUGCUGCCAACAUUGGCGCUACAAUUUAGCAGCCGCUCGCCGCCGAGAACUCUGACGCGGCAGAUCUCCGCUGCUCCACGGGAUUUGCGUUGGAG